CCAAAUUUUGUUCGAUUUAAAUGAAAUUGUUGUUGAAACAUAAUAACUUUGGGUCGCAUUUUUCUUCUAAAUAAGUCGCUUAAACCUCUCCUUGGGCCAAAUGCGGAACGCUUGAUUAAGUUGAUUUUAAAGAAUAAAGUCACAAACAUGGAAGUUUCAACAUUCACAAACAUGAAAGUGCAGCGUCAACUACAAACCUAACCACACAAAUGUCAAAUUAUAUCACUAGGUACAUGAAGGUUAUAAAGACCUUCAUGACUAGGUACUUCAAGAUAGGCCAAAUAUGAAAAUUCUUUCAAAAUGAUUUUCGAAACUUUUAUAUUAGUAUUAGUUGCAGUAUUAUGGGGAUGUACAAAUCCAUUUAUUAAAAGUGGUACCGUUGGUAUCGAAAAGAUUAAAGGAAAAACAAAAUUUUCACAAAUUUUAUUAGAAUUAAAAUUUUUAUUUACUAAUUGGAAGUAUAUUAUACCAUUUUUAAUCAAUCAAUCUGGCUCGUUGGCUUAUAUAUUUGCGUUACAAAUAGCACCGAUGUCAUUAGUUGUACCAGUCACAAAUUCUUUAACUUUUGUUUUUACUGAUCUCACAGGAAAAUUACUUGGUGAAAAAUCACCUCCAUUACGUACCUACAUUGGUAUGUUAUUCAUUUUAUGUGGAACAACGCUGUGUGUAUUAGACAAAGUAUAUCCGAUAGAUGUCUCUAGUAUACUAAUGUUUUAAAUCUUUUAUGUUUAUUUUUAAAAUAAAUAAUUGUAUGCAUUAUUUUU